AUGGGUAAUUACUGUGAUAAAAACGGCAGUGAAGUCGGCUAUGAAUUAGACAAGGAAAUAUCUCUUGCUAAGCGGAAUGUUUCCUCGCCGACUUAUAAGCACAAUAUGCUCGAAUCAACAGCUUAAAAUAAUUAUCUUAAAGACAAACUGCAGCAAAUUUCCUUAUUUUCUCAAUAGCCAGCAAUCUUCAGCAAUAAUGUCCCAAGCUACAAAUCCAAUUCCACUACUCAAAAUUCGAGAUCUGCCUCACAACCUAGCACUGCUAGCAAUAGCAAUUAAUCCACUAAAAAGCAAUUGAAUUUUAAGAUAAUUAAUCAAUUAGAAAGUAAGAAUAAAUAAAGUGGAGCUGGGGCAAGAAUUCAAGGUGCCAAGAAGAGUUAACUCGAUAAAUUCAUAUAUCCAGCACCAGGUGCUUACGGUCAAAGCUAUUACCGAGAGAAUUUGAUAACAGUUUAUAGUCCAAUGAACUUUGAAAUAUUCUAAGUAAGAGUGCACAACGUUAUGUCACUUUAAGAAUUCAAGUCUAGAAUAGCAUAGAGAUUUGAGACAUACGCAGAUAACAUAAUAAUUGGAGUUGGAGACAAUGAAUACAGUGGGAACAGCGGUAAGAUUGAUGAAGGAAAACUUAACAUUCAGAAUGAUCUUGGUAUAAAUGAAAAGACUGUUGUAAAGGUUACUUUUAAAAAUAAACCAAUAUUUCCAAAGAAAGAAAAGAAUUCUCGGUCUAAGUCUAAGUCAGGUUAUUCUUCUAGCGUUGUAAAUAGUAAUGGACUCAUGAAUUUGUAUAUGAGAUAUCAAGAACAAAUGAAUGGUAGAACAUCUGUUCUGGAAGAAUACAAACUUAAUGAAUCAAAUAUAAUAGAUGAUAAUAACAUUUAGGAUACUUAAACUCUGAAUGAUCAUGAUACCAGUAAAGAUUCCAAAGCAAAGAUUAAUGUUUCUAACAGACUCUUAUUCGAAUAAAAAUCUUCAAAAUAUGCUAAUAAUGUGAAAUUAAUGUAAAGACUUAAGGAAAAAGUGUCAAAGAAUUUAUUUUUAGCUGAUGACAUAAUAUCACAAGAGACAAGCCCUAUUCGGCAGAUUAUAACAAAAACUAAUGACUCUAACAAUAACUAUGCGCUCAACUACCCAGGGUCAUUUCUCAGUAGAAUUUCUAAUGAACCUGCCUAGGAGCAUGUCACAACAGUCAUAGUAAGCAAUAAAACUUUUGAUAGUGGUUCAACACCAUAAGAGAAUCCAAAAAUAUAAGUUAAAACUUGUGGAAUUAGUUAAUAAAGUAGCAUGAGUGUCUAUAAAAAGAGUUUCAUGCAAGAAUUAGUUUUAUCUUAAGCUGGAUCAACCAAAAAUGAAUUUAGAAACUAGAAGACUAUUCAUGGUGAAUUCAUGACUAGCAAAAAUAAUUAAUAGCUAUUCGAAAAGAGUAGUAAAAUGAUGAAGUCUGGAAUAUAGAAGAAAUCAGAGUUAAAGGAAUCUGUUAAGAAGAAAAUGAUGGGAAAUUUGAUUGAAGCUGAGAGUAGGCUUAGCAGAAUGCUAAAGCAAUGA